AUGACGGCCAUUUCUAGUCUCACCAAGCUCCUAAGCUGCAUGCAAGGCCUGGACUAUGUGUUACUCGUGAUCACUCUGUCCACUCUUUCUUGGUACACUUGGCUUUACAUCAAAUCCAAACGGCAGUCCCAUCCAUUGCCGCCGGGACCUUGUGGUCUUCCCGUAGUCGGUAACCUCCCAUUUCUCAAACCAGAGCUUCACACUUACUUCCAUGGACUAGCUAAAGAGCACGGUCCUAUAUUCAAACUCUGGCUCGGCGCUAAGCUGGUAAUCGUUGUCAACUCCUCUGAGCUGGCCCGGGAGAUUCUCAAAACCAAUGACGUCAUCUUCGCAAACCACGAUGUCAGUGCGGUGGGUGUGGUUAACAUGUACGGUGGUAUUGACAUCGCCUUGUUACCGUAUGGACCGAAGUGGAGGAUGCUGAGGAAGAUAUGUGUUAAUAGACUACUGAGCAACUCCAGGAUGGAUGCAUCUGCUAGCCUACGCCGCGUAGAGACACGACGAACGGUUAGGUAUCUGGCGGAUCAGGCUCGGGUCGGGUCACCGGUUAACCUAGGAGAAAUUUUUUCGCGGAUGAUAUCAAAUGUCAUGACGCAGAUGUUGUGGGGCGGUACAGUUGAAGAAGAAGAGAGGGAGAUUAUUGGAGCAGAAUUUUCAGAAUUGGUGACGGAGAUAACCGACCUCUUGUUGAAGCCAAAUGUCUCCGACUUUUUUCCGGUAUUGAGCCGGUUCGAUCUUCAGGGUUUAGCUAAGCGUAUGCAAGGACCGACUGAGAGGAUGGACCGGCUUUUUGACCGGGUGAUCAAUAAACACCUGGGGAUGGAUAGAGAAAGUGAAGGCAAGGGUAAUGACUUUUUGGAGGUUUUGUUGAAAAUCAAAAAUGAAAAUGAUGAGAAUGCAAUCUUGGACAUGAAUGAUGUCAAGGCAAUGCUCAUGGAGAUGGUGCUCGCUGGUACAGACUCAUCACUACAUGUCAUACAGUUCGCGAUGGCCGAGCUAAUAAAAAAUCAGGAUAUCAUGAAGAUAGCUCAACAAGAGAUUGACGACGUUGUGGGCAAACACAAAGUAGUGGAAGAAUCUCACAUCCCUAAGCUUCCAUACAUCCUCGCCAUCAUGAAAGAAACUCUGAGGCUACACACGGUUUCUCCACUCCUCCUUCCUCACCGCCCGUCUCAAACCACGGUGGUGGGCGGCUUCACCAUCCCUAAGGACUCGAAUGUUUUCAUCAACGCGUGGGCAAUCCAUAGGAAUCCAGAUGUGUGGGAGAACCCACAGGAGUUUAACCCCGACCGGUUUCUUCAUAAAUCUUAUGAUUUCAAAGGAAAUGAUUUCACUUAUUUACCUUUUGGCUCUGGUCGGAGAAUAUGUGCGGGAACGGCGAUGAGCGAGAGGGCUGUCCUUUAUAAUAUCGCUACGCUUUUGCAUUCCUUUGAUUGGGAACUUCCUAAUGGAGAGAGAGUUGAUAUCGAGGAAAAGUUUGGGAUCGCGUUGAAGAUGAAGAAUCCACUUGUGGCAACGCCCGUGCUAAGGUUAUCGGAUCCAAAUCUUUAUCUCUAG